AUGGCGAACCUAAUCGACAGCGAGGCCGGUACCGAGCUGUUCAAGCAGUAUGAAGCCGAUUUCCAGCUCGUCCAGGCAGACCUGGUGCAGAAACUGGACCAGAUUGCGGAAUUGUCGGGGGAGCCAAGGAAGGCGGCGCUGAGCUCGGCGGAGCGGGCGCUAGAGGAGACGGGCGAGCUGCUGGAUCAAAUGCAGAUGGAGAAGCAAAACGUCCCCUCGGCGCAGCGCGCUGCGAUCAAUCGGCGGUUGCGCGACUACAAGACCGAUGUCGACGGGUACCGGCGAAAGCUGCGGACGCUGGCUGAUGACAGGAGCGCUUUGUUUGGCUCGCGGUACACCGACAACCCGAGCGGUCCAUCAAGCGACCCCCACUAUGAGCAAAGGCAGCAGUUGUUGUCUGGGACGGACCGUUUGGACCGUAGCACACAACGGCUCAAGGCCAGCCAGGCGUUGGCGAACGACACGGAGGCGAUCGGCGCCAGCACGCUUGCGCAACUGCAGCAGCAGCGUGAACAGAUCGACCACACCACCAGGGUCCUGUAUGAGAGCGAGGGUUACGUGGACCGUAGUCUCAAGAGCCUCAAAGGGAUCGCUCGUAGAAUGGCUACGAAUCGGGUGAUCACCAUCUCCAUCAUCACCGUCCUGGUGUUGCUUAUCAUCGCUGUCAUCUUCAGCAAGUUCAGAUGA